AUGGUAUACAGUCUUGUUAGACCAGACUACUAUGGUCUCAGUGACCAUUCAUUUCAUCAAGGCGAAACCAGUGGUCGUGCUAACGCAAGAGAAGCCUCAAGGUUUCUCCUCAGCUCUCCUCAGCUAGUCACCAAGAGUCGCUGGAACAUGAUGCUGAUGCAGUUUGGCCAGUUCCUCACGCACGACGUCACGCGUACCUCGCUGCUGCCAACCGACCGCUGCGGAAACUGCAACGAGAUCUCUGGUCGGUGCCUGCCGAUCAGGGUAGAGAACAACGACCCUCGUUUCGGGUGCAGAAGCCCGCAGUGCUGUCUGUUUUUCACCAGGUCCAGUCCUCUGUGCGGAACAGGAAUCACUCAGGCUAGAAUGCAAGUCAACGAAAACACGGCUUUCAUUGACGGCUCAGCCAUUUACUCAAGCUCCCUGCAGGAUUCAGCUCGUCUACGAGAGCCAGGAUCCGGAAGAAUGAGGUUCACGUUUUUCAACAACCACAUAAUGCCUCCGUUCAACCCGCAGACCUGCGCUAACCCUCAGAAUUGCAACGCCAAUUUCGACGUAGGCGACAACCGUGCGAGUAUAUUCAAUGCCCUCGUCGGCAUGCACGCGCUGAUGAUCCGAGAGCACAACCGGAUCGCGACCGCCCUUGGACAACUGAACCCUCGUUGGUCCCCCGACCGGAUCUUUCAAGAAACGCGUAAAAUCAUUGGUGCUGAGAUUCAGGUCAUCACGUCGAAAGAAUGGCUGCCGAAAAUAAUCGGAAAUUCCUAUGACACCAUUUACGGCCGUUACAGGCACUACGAUCCGUCGGUGGACCCGUCGAUAUUCAACGAAUUCGCCACCGCAGCCAUGCGUUUUGGUCAUGGAAUGAUUACCGAGUUCUACGAAAAACGCACUGACAACGGUCACGUUCCUCAAGGAAAAGUGAGGUACUCAUCGCCUUCGUUUUCGACAUGUAUACAGCAGCAUAUAAAUUAUGCUUGCAUAAAAACUUGACG